GUCUCCUUACUGCCCAUCACAGCCCACAGACCCUAUCCGCAUCCCUGCGACAAGCUUGAAUCUCUGAAGCAAAUCCCACCCUCUCAUUUAAGCACAAGAUCCUCUCCUUCACAUAAAAAAUUGGCAAGGAAUUCAGAUAGUCCGAUACCGAGGCCAGCACAUAGCUAUGGUUCACGCCGUGUUCACGUCUGGACUUGGUGCCCAUUUGCCGGAUUCCAAGAGAGAGCCGUUGCUCCAAUCGCAGCUUCGCCGUCUCCGGCCGACACCAUUCUCCCAUCUCCUCCUGUCUCAGCCUUCUCACAAGCAACUACCGUCACCUUCUUAUUCUUCCUAUACCCCAGUUCUUGCUCUAUUCAAGUCUAAAACCAAGGCUCCACCAAAGAAGGUAGAGAAGGCCAAGCCAAAAGUUGAAGAUGGUAUCUUCGGUACCUCUGGGGGCAUUGGUUUCACCAAGCAGAACGAGCUCUUUGUUGGCCGUGUCGCCAUGAUUGGAUUUGCAGCAUCACUGCUAGGAGAAGCAAUCACAGGCAAAGGAAUCCUAGCACAAUUGAAUCUGGAAACUGGAAUACCAAUAUACGAAGCAGAGCCACUUCUCCUGUUCUUCAUCCUUUUCACUCUCCUUGGAGCAAUUGGAGCUCUCGGCGACCGUGGUAGGUUUGUAGAUGAUCCACCCACAGGGCUUGACAAGGCAGUCAUCCCUCCUGGAAAGGGCAUUCGGUCUGCUUUAGGACUAAAGGAAGGAGGUCCCUUGUUUGGGUUUACAAAGUCCAAUGAGCUCUUUGUUGGAAGAUUAGCACAGCUGGGGAUUGCAUUCUCUAUAAUUGGAGAAAUUAUCACAGGAAAAGGAGCUCUAGCGCAGUUAAACAUUGAGACAGGCGUGCCUAUCAAUGAAAUCGAGCCGCUUGUGUUGUUCAAUGUUCUUUUCUUCUUCAUUGCAGCAUUGAAUCCAGGAAAUGGUAAGUUUGUUACCGACGUGGACGAAGAGGAGUAAGAGAGGAGGCAAAAAGCUGUCUUGGUAUUAGUCUCUGCAAUCAAAUCAUUUUGUUGCUGCUAUGUGUAGUUAAGUAGUCAGAAUUGUAAUAUGAGUAGCAGUGCAACUGCAAAGUUGAAUUGGAGAUAAAAUCAUCGGUAAUCUUUACCCAUCUCUAUUUCUCA